UCUCAGAUGGUUUGCUUCAAAUGUGGCGAAGAUGAUCACAACGCCAACCGUUGCCCCUAUGGAGGUCGAGUCUGCUUCAAGUGCAAACGAGCAGGCCAUCUGGCAAUGGAAUGUCCUCAGAAACAGUGCACAGUAUGCCACGGAAUAGGACAUAGUCGAGAUGUUUGUCCGACGAAGAUAUGUCAUGUAGGUCUUCGACGUAUGCAGACUAUCUGUGUUACUUGCUUACCGAAUUCGACACUCCAGAAAUGCAGCGCACCAGGACACAUCGCCUCGGAAUGUGAAAUGCCU